AUGGAGGAUUCCGAGGGAGUCCUCAGCUUCGAUUUCGAGGGCGGUCUCGACGCUCCUCCUUCCGCCGCCACUGCAUCUGCCACCAUUUCCGCUGCACCUUCCGGUCCUAUUGUCCAGCCCGAUUCCUACUUACCACCUUCCGCGGCUUCCAAUGGUGCCGCCGCUCCUUCGGUUGCUGAGCCCGUUCCCGGUAACAAUCCUGGACGACGGAGCUUCCGGCAAACGGUUUGCCGGCACUGGCUCCGUAGUCUGUGUAUGAAAGGAGAAGCCUGCGGGUUUUUGCACCAGUAUGAUAAGGCUCGGAUGCCGGUUUGCAGGUUUUUUAGAUUGUACGGAGAGUGUCGUGAGCAGGAUUGUGUUUACAAGCAUACUAAUGAAGAUAUCAAGGAGUGUAACAUGUACAAGCUAGGAUUUUGUCCUAAUGGACCUGAUUGUCGAUACAGGCAUGCGAAAUCUCCCGGACCUCCACCUCCAAUUGAAGAGGUCCUUCAGAAGAUCCAACAUUUGUAUUCUUACAAUUAUAACAAUUCUCAUAAAUUUGUCCAACAAAGGGGUUCUAGCUAUACUCAACAAGUUGAAAAGUCUCAGUUUCCUCAAGCAAUCAAUUCUGCAAACCAAGGUGUGGCUGGAAAACCAUUAGCUGCAGAGUCAGGAAAUGUCCAGCAGCAGCAACAAGUUCAACAGCCUCAGCCGCAAGUCAGCCAGAACCAAGCGCAAAAUCUUGCUAAUGGCCAGCCCAAUCAAGCCAAUCGAACAUCAACUCCUUUACCUCAGGGAAUAUCUAGGUAUUUUAUUGUUAAGAGUUGCAAUCGUGAAAAUUUGGAGUUAUCUGUACAACAAGGAGUAUGGGCAACUCAAAGGAGCAAUGAAUCAAAACUAAAUGAAGCAUUUGACUCUGUAGAAAAUGUGAUAUUGGUUUUCUCAGUCAACCGUACUCGACAUUUCCAGGGUUGCGCAAAGAUGACUUCUAGAAUUGGUGGUUCUGUUCCUGGGGGGAACUGGAAAUAUGCUCAUGGAACGGCACAUUAUGGGCGGAAUUUCUCUGUUAAAUGGUUGAAGUUAUGCGAACUGUCAUUCCACAAAACUCGCCAUUUGAGAAAUCCAUACAAUGAGAACUUACCAGUGAAGAUAAGUAGAGAUUGUCAGGAGCUGGAACCCUCUAUCGGUGAGCAGUUGGCAUCCUUGCUUUAUGUUGAACCAGAUAGCGAACUUAUGGCUAUCUCAAUUGCAGCUGAGUCUAAACGAGAAGAGGAGAAGGCAAAGGGGGUGAAUCCAGAUAAUGAAGGAGAAAAUCCGGAUAUUGUCCCAUUUGAAGACAAUGAAGAAGAGGAAGAGGAAGAAAGUGAUGAAGAGGAGGAGAGCUUUGGUAAUGGUGUAGGGCCAGUUGUUCAAGGCAGAGGUAGGGGCAGAGGUAUGAUGUGGCCCCCUCACAUGCAUCUCGGACGCGGAGCUAGACCCAUGCCUGGAAUGCAAGGUUUUAACCCUGUAAUGAUGGGUGAUGGAUUACCCUACGGGCCUCCUGGACCUGAUGGUUUUGGUAUGCCGGAUCUCUUUGGCAUGGGUCCCCGAGGUUUUGGUCCAUACGGUCCUAGAUUCUCAGGUGAUUUUGGAGGCCCCCCAGCUGCCAUGAUGUUCCGAGGGCGACCCUCACAACCUGGGAUGUUUCCUGGUGGUGGGUUUGGGAUGAUGAUGAAUCAUGGACGCGGUCCCUUUAUGGGGGGAAUGGGGGUUCCAGGUCCAAACCCACCAAGAGGUGGUAGGCCAGUCAAUAUGCCUCCGAUGUUUCCACCACCUCCUCCACCACAAAAUAUGAACCGCAUUGCCAAGAGAGAUCAAAGAACAAGUGAUCGAAAUGAUAGGUACAGUUCAGGACCGGAUCAAGGUAAGAGUCAAGACAUGCUCAGUCAAAGUGGGGGUCCUGAUGAUGACAUGCAGUAUCAGCCAGGAUACAAGUCACAGCAGGACGACAAGAAUGACGAUAGUGAAAGUGAAGACGAGGCACCUAGACGGUCAAGACACGGAGAGGGUAAAAAAAGAAAAGGCGAAGCUUAG